AUGUGGGUGCAAAACUACACCAGACAAUACAUUAGUGAAGAGGAAGGCUCCACAUAUGACCCCAACACCCACCACUGGCCUGAAUCAGUUGACAGGCAGUUUAAUGAGACUUCUAAGAAGCCUGAUCACCCAACGGGAAUCCCAUCGUGGCCACCCGAGGCACGCAGCGGGCCUCUUAUGAUGCCUCCAACAGGACCCCCAUUUCCACUCUAUGGCAACAACUCUGAAGGUCCCAACAUGCCCAGGGUGUUUGGGGUCAGUAACCCACCUUUACCACCCAUGCCUGACACAACAAUCUGUGACAUGCUGCUAAAUGCACCGGUACCCCCGCCCGCCGACCAGAUUCCAUUUUUUUGCAUCUGUCAAUACUGCAAAGGAACCGUAGGACCCAAAGGAGACCGUGGAGACCGAGGUCUUCCAGGUCCUCCCGGGAGCGCUGGAAGUAGAGGAUUGAUGGGGUUUCCAGGUCCCAGAGGGUUUACAGGCUCUCAGGGGAUAAAAGGCCAGAAGGGAGAAAUGGGGGAAAAGGGAAUGCAAGGUGCAGCAGGUUUCACUGGCACAAAGGGAGAUCGAGGAUUUAAAGGGGACAAAGGGGACCAAGGAUCAAUGGGACCCCCUGGUGCAUCGGGCCCUCAGGGGGAAUCUGGUAUAUGCCCUGCCACCUGCGAGAGUGUGCCAGGUGCACCUGGUACUCAAGGACCACCUGGACCAGCUGGAGCCCGUGGCCUGCCAGGGGUGCAGGGUCCUGAUGGACCCAGGGGCAUAAAAGGUGAUAGGGGUGACAUGGGUUUGCCUGGAAACCCUGGCAGCGAUGGUGAGAAGGGUGUUCGAGGUGAGCAGGGGGUGUGUAAGUGCACAAAUGGAACAAAUGGUGCUGAUGGCAAACCAGGGCAAAAGGGAGACAAGGGGGACAAGGGUGAUAUUGGGUCCCAGGGUAUACAGGGCACCAUGGGGUUAAAAGGCAACCAGGGUGAUAUGGGUCUCAUGGGGCCACCUGGGCCCUGCUCUCCAGCCAUCCAGUCAGCAUUCUCCGCCUGUAUCAACGAGUCAUUUCCAGCUCACAACUUUCCCAUUCCUUUCCCACACAUCCUUACCAACCAGCAAAACCAUCUUAACCGAAACGGCAUCUACACAGCCCCUGUCAACGGCACCUACGUCUUCUCCUUUCACGUGUCAGUUGCUGUGAAACCGCUUAAAGUCGGCCUGUUCCGCAAUUUCUACCCUGUGGCUAAAAUAACAGAAGGAACCAUCCCAUCCACCACAAGCCACACGGUGGUCCUCAACCUCUACAUGGGAGACCAGGUUUGGCUGCAGGUGAAGGACCCCACCACCAAUGGCAUGUACACUGAUACUGAAAGCACUAGCACGUUCUCUGGGUAUCUGCUGCACCCCGACUCCUGCGAAUUUCCUCUGGGCAGAAAUCACUACUUCCCACAGCCACAUCAUGGACGCUACACCUGGGAUGGUCCCGACCCUACCACCACUCCACCAAAUUAG